UCGCGGGCGUUUGUGGUUCUUCCCCGCACUGUUGUCUGUCUGUCACUCGUGGCCUUUCGGGCGUGAAAUAUUGCCCCCACCCGGCCCGUGUAACAACAUCUACCUGCCAUGCGACAACGUCCCGCGCUUGGUCCGACGUCUUCGCAAACAGCUGGGAAUAAUUGUUUGGAAUUAUUCUGAAGGGAAGAUUGUUCGAAGUGCGGUGUGGUCUCGUGUUCGCCAGUAGCUUGCAGACGAAAUACGACACCCAAAAAUGUCGCUACCGCAAGUCGUGCACUCGUUCUACAACCGUCUGUCUGAGUUUCUGUCCACAUGGGUGCAGUUCAAGUGGAUCCCGGAGCGGCUACACCGCAUGGUUCUGCAGUUUGCCCUGAAGGCAUUAGGGGAGAGAACAUGGCAGCAUCAGGACACCCUCCCUCCCCUCCCCGUACCAGACCUGCAACACACCAUGGACAGGUACCUGGAAUCAGUGAAGCCUCACGUGACCGCGGAGGAAUACAAGAGGGCGGAGGAGGUGGUGCGGCAGUUCCUAGACGGUGACGGCCCGGAACUUCACAGACAGCUUCUGGACAGGGCGUCCACCCGCAAAAACUGGCUUGAAGACUGGUGGCUGGAGUUCGCGUAUCUCCGUUUCCGGAAACCCCUGCCGCUGAACCUGAACAUAGCCGGGUCCGGGCCGUACUUCGAGCACGGCUGGCCUCCACAGGAGGGAACCACUUUGGAGAGGGGAGCGCUCUUCAUCUACUAUCUCCUGCAGUUCUGGAAACUACUCAGGACGGAGCAGCUGCCGGUAGACCGGCUGGCCCGGGGCGGGACUGUGCUGGACAUGGACCAGUUCCGCCGGUUCUUCUGCACCACCCGUGUGCCUGGUCACGACGUGGACAGGCUGGUCACCGCGUUCAAAUCAGUAUCAGAGGGGCCCUGUCCGACUUAUAUAACGUUCCUCCACAAUGAUCGGCUCUUCAAGGUCGAAGUGAUCGGAGAGAACGACGAACCGAUCACACCUCCGGAGAUCCAGGAACAGUUGAAAGCUGCCAUGAGGAUGGCUGAAUGUGAGCCCGGACCGGGAGUGUCUGUUCUAACAGCAGCGGAAAGAGAACAGUGGGCAAAGUCAAGGGACAGGCUGAUUGAGCUUGACGCUGGCAAUGCCUACAACCUUGACGUCAUCGAACAGAGCUUAUUCGGCUUUUGUUUUGAUGACGCCUUCCCGACCAAUCAUGGCGAGAACUUUGCUGCGUCGCUGGCUGGUUGCGCACGGAACCGAUGGUUCGACAAAUGUAUCAGCGUCCUGAGCUUCAGGAGCGGGACCAUAGCGACCAACAACGACCACACUCCCUGUGACGGAAUGGUGCAUAUCCACGCCGCGUACUACAUUGACUGCCAGCUGAAACAGAACGACUGCACCUGGAAGGGGCAUGUCCCAGAUCGGAAGCUUCCUCCACCCGAAGAACUUGUCUUCACAGUUGAUGAUGACAUCCUGAAGGCCGUGAAGCAUGCCGAACAACUGUACAACAACCAGGCACGUGAUUUGGAAUGCAUCUGCCACCACUUCACCGACUAUGGGAAGAAAUUUGUCCGGAGUUUCCACCUCCACCCCGACUCGUACGUACAGUGUGCGCUGCAGCUGGCGUAUUACAGACUCCACGGAAGACCAGCCCCUGCGUAUGAGACAGGCAUGACGCGGCAGUUCUACCACGGGCGCACGGAGACGGUCCGGUCCUGCACACAGGAGGUGGUGGAGUGGUGCAAGGUCAUGACUGAGGAGAAAGCCACGGUUGAGGAGAAGAAGGACCUGAUGGUCCGGGCCUUGAAGAAACACGUGGAACUCAUGGAGGAGGCCAAGAGCGGGAAUGGAAUCGACCGUCACCUGAUGGGUUUGCAGAUCCUCGCCAUGCAGAACGGCCUGCCCAUGCCGGCCAUCUUCACUGAUCCAGCCUACGUCAAAAGUGGAGGUGGCGGAAACUACGUCUUGUCGACAAGCCUGACGGGAUAUAAUGUCACUCCCCUGGGGAAUGUUCCUCCCAUGGUGCCUCACGGCUACGGAUCUUUCUACAAAAUCGACAAUGACAGAUUCACCAUUGCCAUGACGGCGUGGAAGAGCGACCCCGAGACCAGCGUGGAGAAACUAUACGGCAAUCUGCGUCAGGCCUUCGCAGAUAUGAAGGAAAUAUUAACCACGUCUGCAAGCACUAACAACUGAUGAAUAGUGGUGUAUUUGCCUCCUGUGGAGGUGAUCAAUGAUAGCAAUACAGCUAAUCUAGCUACCCAAUACUCAAACUGAGAUCGUAAUUUUGCCAGUAUCCAUCCGCCUUUUUCAGGAAUUUGCCCUACUUUCUUGACGCGUACUGAUGUCAUUAGUAUGCAUGACGCCAGGAGUGGGUCGAAGGUGCCCGGAAGUCGGAAGUCUAUACCUCCCACGCCGUGGUGACUAUUAUAUUGGGUAAAUGAUAAGAAUAAGAUAGAGAAAAAAGAUCUUUGUAACAUUAACUCACAUAUCGGUGCGAAUCAAAUUUGUGUCUCACUCCUUUAAACAUCGACGAAAGGUUAUACAACCAAAGAAAUCUGCCUUGUUCACUAGCCAGAUUUGGAAGCUGUCAAUUUUCGGUGACCACCUUUGAGCAUUUAACUUUUUCAUCAUGCAAAACAGCGAAGCAAGUUUUGGCAUAUUUAUAAGAAGUUGCCACGAAAAUUAUGUUAUAUCGGACCAAAUUCUAUAAAUGUUUUACAAAAAUGUUAUAUGGAUACUUAAUCCUCACUGCUAAAAUACGUACUUAUAUAUAUAGUUAUAUGUAUAUGUUUUAUCUUGACACGUGUAGAUGAGCGUAUAACUAACAACAGCACACGAUAUGCACAACCAUACAGAGAAAUUUGAAGUGUACUUAAGUAAAUUAAAUAACUACGCAAAUGUUUCA